AUAGACGGACUUCCGGUUAUUGAUGUGGCGAAAAUGUUGAUGUUCUGUCCCACAUGUUCUAAUGUUUUAGUUGUUGAGGAGGGGGAGAGAUGUUACAGGUUCGCGUGUAACACUUGUCCUUAUAUACAGAACAUAAAGCGAAAGAUUAGUAACAGAAAAUAUCCUAAGCUGAAAGAAGUGGACGAUGUGUUGGGCGGUGCAGCAGCCUGGGAAAAUGUGGAUAACACAGCAGAAACCUGUCCAACAUGUGCACAUGGCAGAGCAUUCUUUAUGCAGAUACAGACUCGGUCAGCAGACGAACCAAUGACAACAUUUUAUAAGUGCUGUAACAUGAAGUGUGGUCAUAGAUGGAGAGACUGAUAGGCCUUUAACUCAUAUGGUAUGAAGUGGGGAACCAACCAUUGUGUUCACAGUGGCACCUGUUCCUUAAUACAAUGGUACUGGUUCACACCAAGACAUGCAGUGUACAGCAGAAGAUUGUUAUUCCAUGUACUACAUGAAAACUAGAAAACUUAUUCUCCUCAGGAAUUUAUUCUGUGUUUAUCUUGAAAAGUACUGCAGUUACUAAUUGCAGACUGCUUGUUUCCUGAAAAGAAAAAGACAAAUGACAUUUGAAUUAUAUGUAUCCUGCUGUAUUACUGAGUAUGUUGAAUAGCUUCAGGUCUGUGACCAGUUACAUAAAGAUAUACAGCCGGUGUGGUGAUCAAUGAUUCAUUCUGAUGGUGGAGCAGUAAGAGACCAUGGAGGUUUGUAGCUGAAAAUUGAUUUCCUUAAACCAUGAUUUUGUCACUAGAAUUCUUGAUACAGGUACUGAAGACUCACUGUGAUCUCCAUGUAUGAUAGUUCAGUAGAGUAGAUGGAUGAAGUUGUAUGAGAGGGCAAUUUGUUUGAUUUAUAUACAUUGUACAUGUAUAUACAUUGUAUCAAGGAUGUGAAAAUUAUUUUUAUGUAGGAGUUGGAUUAAAACAUUCUAAG